CUCGUGAAGGUGCCGGUCAAAAGAAGAAGAAGAAGUCUCCCUCAGCCCCACACUGCCCUCAAAGACCUUCCUGCAUUAGUCGGGUCAUCCGGGGUCAACUCGACAAGCUCAGCCCCGACCCUGGAGGCACACAACACAGCAAGUCACCAGCAACACCCACAACCGGUGUUCUAGAGGCCGUGGUCCCAUACCCUUAUGAGUCCCCUAUAACACUAAGGAAGAAAAGAAGGAGGAUGAGCAAUAAUCAGGAAGGAAAGGAAAGACGGAAGAGUUAGGAAGAAAGGAGGGAAGAGAGAAGACAAAGGGAGGAAGAAAGGUACGAGAGAGAGAGAAUAGACCAGCAGAACCGAAGGAAGGAAAGAGAAGAACAGGGUUGCAAUAACAUAGGAAGAAAGAAAGGAGAAAGACGAGCAAUACCGAAGGAAGGAAAGAGAAGAACAGGCUGGCAAUAACAUAAGAAGAAAGGAAGGAGAAAGAGGAGCAAAGAAAACCAGCAAAACCGAAGGAAAAAAAAACGAUAAGGAAAACUCACCAGGAAGAAAUUAAAAAAAGAAGGAAGAAAGGGAGAGAAAAUGGCUGCCCGUAUAGUAACCUCCCUCCCUCGGCUCCUUCCCCCCAUGGCCUCCACAAUUACUCGCCUCCCCCUCUCCCUCCCCCACGCCCACACCCACGCCAGGCUCCUCCACGCCUCCCAGGUCCACAGGCUCAAGGAAAUUCUGGUGGUGGAGGAAGACAAUGAAAACGUGAAGGUGGAGGGGCGGUACCUCCCCUCCCCUAACACUGGCCGCCUGGUGAAGUGUGAGGAGGGGGAGGAGGCAGCCCCCGCCUGUCCCCUCUGCGCCUUGAACCUGGACGUAAAGCACACGGAUGUGCUGAUCCUGUCCCAGUUCAUGACGAGGGAGGGCGGUGUGCUGCCGCGCCGCAUCACAGGGCUGUGUGCGAAGCAGCAGCGGCGCAUCAAUUGGCUGAUCAUCAUGGCGCAGAAGGCGGGCCUGAUGCCCAACCUCGCCCCUGUCAACAGCAAGAGGGACCCGAGGAGGAGGUACGGGUCCAAGAAGCACAAUCGUUACUUUGACGAGGACACGCUACCCAAGUGAUCCUCAGAACCACAGCCGUUGCCACCAAGACCCUUAACUGCUGCACACUCAUUUCCACCUCUUAUUCCUUCUCUUCUUGCCUCCUCCUCCUCCUCCUCCUCCUCCUCCUCCUCCUCAUCUAGUCUUUCUUUGUCUUGAGUUGUUGUACAUAUGUAUUGUGGAAGAAAAGUUUGCUAUCCGUGUUUGGCAGUUCUGAAUAAAUUGUUUCUUUCA